CAAUUCAAUGCCCCAAUCGAAUCGAAGAGUGUUUGUCAAAGGCUAACGUCACGUCGUCACGUGAGGCCCCACGAAUGUAAAUACAACGAAUAUAUAAGCAGACAGAACCCCUGGUUAAGUUUGUGCGUUUGAUUUGAGCGGGAGAUAACAAUGAAGGAUCACGAACUCGAACUAGAGAAAGCAAAGCUGCUUAGCUUAGCUAUCGAUUUCGGCUUCGAUGAGAAGUCUUCAAAGAAAUGUCUGGAUCGUCUGGUUCAACUCUACGGAGAAGAUGGAAAGGAUUUUGUUACUGUUGAGCAUUGUGGUGAUGAUUAUCUUGCAGCACUGGCUGAAUCCAUGCAGGACAGUGAAGAUUGGGAUGAUUUGCAAGCAAUGGAAUCAGAAGCUUGUGGAGCUUUAACUAAUAUGUUUGAUAAAGAAACCAAAGAUGACUAUGAAACAGAAAAUGAGGACAAGUCUCAAAGCUAUAUCAGUGUUAGUGAAGAUUCACCUCAACCUAUGACUCAAGAACAUUUCAUGACAAUUGAUUCAUCUAGUGACGGGGAAGGAUCAGAUUCCGGGUUUCCAAACAACAACCCUAGGGGAUCUUGUUCUUCAUCUUCUUUUGAUAGAAAGAAUAGCUCUUCCUUUGCUCAAAGUUCAGGAAAGCAUCCUCUGAAAUCUAGUUGUAAAAGCAGCAUCAUAGAGCAUUCAAUUUCAUCAAUUUCCAAUGGAAAAACAUGUCAGAUCAAGUCAAAAGAUGAACAAGAAACUUUAGCAUAUGAAGACCUGCAAGCUCUGGAUGAUAUUGAAUUGGCAAAUGUAGUGAUUUUUGGUAAUAGAACAUUUAGACCUCUGCAGCAUCAGGCUUGUAAAGCAGCUAUGGAAAAGAAAGAUUGCUUUAUUCUUAUGCCCACAGGUGGUGGUAAAAGUCUAUGUUACCAGCUACCAGCAACUCUGCAUCCAGGUGUUACAGUUGUUGUGUGCCCCUUACUUUCCCUCAUUCAAGAUCAGAUUGUUACUCUGAACCGUAAGUUUGGAAUACCAGCAACAUUUUUGAAUUCUCAACAAACUGCUUCCCAAGGAGCAGCAGUCCUCCAAGAACUGAGGAAAGCUAAACCAUCAUGCAAGCUCUUAUAUGUCACUCCUGAAAGGGUUGGCGGAAAUCUAUCAUUUAUUGAGGUCCUAAGAAGCCUACACCAGAAGGGACAGCUAGCGGGAUUUGUUAUUGAUGAAGCACAUUGUGUAAGCCAGUGGGGACAUGAUUUUCGUCCAGACUACAGAGGAUUAGGAUGUCUUAAGCAGAAUUUCCCAGAUGUUCCAGUGAUGGCAUUAACUGCAACGGCAACCCAAUCAGUUCGGAAGGACAUCUUAAAUACUUUAAGAAUUCCCCAUGCUCUUGUUCUUGAAACAAGCUUUGAUAGACCAAAUUUGAAGUAUGAAGUAGUAAGUAAGACCAAGGAUCCACUGAAACAGCUUGGACAGCUACUUAGAGAUCGUUUCCAAAAUAUGUGUGGAAUUGUCUACUGUCUUUCAAAGAAUGAGUGUGUGGAAGUCUCAGCUUAUCUGAACGAGAAGUGUAAGAUACAGACCGUAUAUUAUCAUGCUGGGUUGGCUGCACGGCAAAGAGUUGCUGUCCAAAGAAAAUGGCAUACAGGAGAGGCCCAUGUUGUAUGUGCCACAAUUGCUUUUGGAAUGGGGAUAGACAAACCUGAUGUUCGUUUUGUUGUCCACAAUACAAUGUCCAAAUCCAUAGAAAGCUAUUACCAGGAGUCAGGAAGAGCAGGAAGAGAUGGUCUUCCGGCAGUAUGCAUUGCCUUGUACCAAAAGAAAGAUUUCAGCCGGGUUGUUUGUAUGUUAAGGAGUGGACAAGGAUGUAAAAGUGAAAGCUUUAAGACAGGCAUGAUGCAAGCAAGAAAAAUGCAACAAUAUUGUGAACUGAAGACUGAAUGUCGGAGGCAAACCCUACUGGAACACUUUGGAGAGGCCUUCAACAGAGAUGGCUGUAAAUAUGGUCCUAAUCCCUGUGAUAACUGCCUCAAGGUAUCCAAAUGAGCUAAGAUGGUUAUACUCCCACCGGUUGAGGUGGUUCAAGUUCCAGGAGUACCUGUUGUAGCUUCACCAGCCAAACAUCAGUGUCAGUUCCGAGCAACAAGGGGUGCGUGGGAUGUUGGGUUAUUAUUAAUAUUUCUAUUCCUAUUUGCUACAUUUGUAAUGGAAGCAUUUUAGUAGAGUGCUGGCCUGUGGACUAAAGAAAAAACUCUUGGUUAUCAUUAUGGCUAGGGCGCUGUGUGGGGGUGAUCUGUGAUCAACUGAUCAUGACCCUUGCACCUGGAAUUUUGCGCAUGAGCUAGUAAUGAUCACCCCUAGCGCUGUGAAAAUGGUUAGAGAUGCUCUUGCAGAAAUUAUUUUGCUGGACUUCUUGUAAUAUUGCUCUUAAUUUCCAGCAUCCUUUUUCUUUA